AAGGAGAAUAGCUGGGUUUGUCAUUCAAUUUGAGAGUCACAUCACAUCUCGUAGAGAGGCAGAGGGCUUUCUAGAGAGAGAAAGUGAGAGGAGAGAGAGGAAGAAAGAGCGCGGAGCUCUGGAGUCGACCUUUGCCCGUCCGUGGCGACUUUAGGUUAUGCCGUUUUCACCACAGGUUGCAUCGGACUUCGAUUUCAACGACUUAAUUUCCUUUAUUAAGUCAUGGAGAAUGUGUGCUUUCGGUCAUAUUGCUACUACUUUCGGGUUUUCCCAUUCCAGCAAGUGCAUCACUGGCGGUGUUUUAUCCUUGGAGAUUUCCUUCUUGUUUCCUUUGUCAACUGCACUUAGUGAACAGUUUCUAUUGAAUGAACAAUACUGGAGGCCUAAUGCAAAAUUUUUCUGAGAUAGGUGUUGGAUCUUUAGUGCACAUCUAUGAUGCAUCGUUGAUACAACAUCAAUUGUGAUCCUUGGAAACUGUCUUUUGGGGGUUGAAGUCUGCAAACACUGAAUGAUAUUUUCUUAAGUAGUUUGUAUUAGAUAAGUCGGUUGCACUGAAUUCGUGCAGAGUUUCUAGUUCUUAUCUAUAUUUUUUUCUUCUCUCCUGAUGACUGCUGGUUAGAGUGCCUGACAUAAACAGUAACUGAAGAUUCUGAAAGAGAUUUUACGUCCUAUAGCUGAGGUAGCUGUCAUCAAGUUUGCGAUAGUGUGGGGCAACUGUCCCGAGUGAAUAAACCAAUCUUUUUGCUAAAACAAUAUUCUGGCUUGAUCAGUGUUUGGAUUGGUGUCAAGAUGUAUUGCGGAACUCGACCUGUCCUUCUAUAUAUGCCUUACUGUUAUCUCGGGGCCUUUGUUCUGGUAUAUUUUAUGAAUAAGGCUGUGAAGCCCAUCCAUCAGAAACGUACUGGUUCUGUGCUCAUGCACUGUGCAGUAGAAAAUUAAUGGUGGAGUCAGCUAGAUCAGCCGGGCAGUUGGUUUACAUUUUGUAGUUUUUUUCCCCUUUCUUUAAGUCAUCUAUUGAAGAUAAACGUCAUAGAUCCCCUAUACGGGGCAUUCUUUUCUUGAAUAAAUAAAACAUCUGGAGCUGUUGAAUCACAAGAAUGGAGAGGUACAAGAUAAUCAAAGAAGUUGGAGAUGGAACAUUUGGGACCGUCUGGCGAGCUAUAAAUAAGCAGACUGGUGAAGUUGUUGCGAUUAAAAAAAUGAAGAGAAAAUAUUAUUCUUGGGAGGAAUGCAUAAAUUUGAGAGAAGUUAAGUCAUUGCGGAAAAUGAGCCAUCCUAAUAUUGUAAAGCUGAAGGAAGUCAUUAGAGAACAUGAUAUUUUGUAUUUUGUGUUUGAGUACAUGGAUUUCAACCUAUAUCAACUUAUGAAAGACAGGGCAAAGCUUUUCUCAGAAGCUGAAGUAAAAAAUUGGUGCUUCCAAGUGUUUCAGGGACUUGCAUACAUGCACCAGCGAGGAUAUUUUCAUCGUGACCUUAAGCCAGAGAACUUGUUGGUUUCAAAGGAUGUAAUAAAAAUUGCUGAUUUUGGUCUUGCUCGUGAGAUCAGUUCCCAACCACCGUAUACAGAAUAUGUUUCAACACGCUGGUAUCGGGCCCCUGAAGUUCUGCUUCAGUCUCCAAUGUAUAAUUCUGCAGUUGAUAUGUGGGCAAUGGGUGCGAUCAUGGCUGAACUUUUUUCUCUCUGUCCCCUUUUUCCGGGCUCAAGUGAAGCAGAUGAGAUCUACAAAAUAUGCAGCGUAAUAGGCACUCCAACUGAGAGUGAGUGGGCUGAGGGUCUGAAGCUUGCAAGUGCUAUUAACAACCAGUUUCCACAGCUCAGUGGUGUCCACCUUUCUGUACGGAUACCAUCUGCAAGUGAGGAUGCAAUCAAUCUUAUUACAUUGCUUUGUUCAUGGAAUCCUUGCAAGAGGCCAACAGCCUUGGAGGCCCUACAGCAUCCAUUCUUCCAGAGUUGCUUUUAUAUACCGCCAUCUCUUCGCUCCAAAACUGCUGUUACAAGAACACCUCCAUCUGCUGGAACAAGGGGUGUGCUAGAGCAUAAAUCUGUGAAGAGGCAUUCUGGGACUCUCUCUAAUUCAAAGUCAGCUAACAACUUUCCUCCUGCCAAAUCGCAUGUGUCUCUAACGACAGGUGUGCAACGUAAAUUGGAAAUGAAUAAUCAGGAUGCAAUUAAGAAUGAUAAAUUUUCGAAGAUCGCUGCCAAAGAACCACCACCACGAUACCGACCACCUGCAAGGAACAGUCCUACUUCCAUCUACAAUGGCAAGACAGCACGAGGAGUUUCUGAGACAGCGGAGAAGCUGGCAAAUAUGAACAUUGGUUCUGGAAGAUUGCCGCCGCCUGCAAGGCAGUCCUUUCCAGGACCCAUGAAGGCUGGGGGAUGGCAUGGCCAAUCUGACUUGCCUGUUGGAGGCCGAUCUCAAGAUAUGCAGCCUGGAAGAGCAUUCACCAGGAAAGUUGUGGGAUGAAUGAAUGAAGAUAAUCGUAAAUAUGGGUAAUGGGUUUACUGCAUAUGCAUAUAUAUAAAUAUUGUCCUUAUGUGACAUUUGGAAGUUAGAUAUGUUGUGUGGUGUGGGUAAUGAGAGAGAUGCGUUAUGUAAAAUAUUGUCGUAUGAGAAAUGGGUUGUUAUGACGACUUAUCACUUUGUCAUAAAAAAGAUUGCAGCAUGGUCUGGAUGUUUUGCUGCUAUCUUUCGGGUGCGUCUGAUGGUGACUUGACAUAACACUAUUUGCUUAAAUAUUUGAAAUUUCUAUAAAUUCAGUUUGGUUUCCAUUAGAGUA